ACUUCCACCUCGUUUUUUCUUGGCCUCUUCUGAGUUUGGUGGUGGCGGUUUCCCCUCCUCCGUGUUGAGCUCAAGUGUGAACGGCUUAGCCUUCUGUGGCCUCUGCCCUGCCCUGGUAGGUGGAAGGCUUGAGGAAGAGGGAAUGGCUCCUCUGCUGAUGGCCAGGCCUGGACAGCUCUGCCUUCUGUGGCCUCUGCCCUGCCCAGUAGGUGAGAGCCUUGAGGAAGAAGGAAUGGCUGCUGUGCUGACAGCCAGGACCCAACAGGAAUCAGUGACAUUCAAGGACGUGGCUGUGGAAUUCACCCGGGAGGAGUGGGUACAUUUGAACCCAUCUCAGAAAAAGUUGUACAAGCAUGUGAUGCUGGAGAACUAUAGGAACUUAGUGUUUUUGGGAUUUGCAGUUUCCAAACCAGAUGUGAUCAACCAGUUGGAAAGAAAGGAAGCAUCUUGGAUUCCAGAGGCAGAUAUUCCCAGAAGCAGCUGUCCAGAGAGCAGAGAAUUGACUGGAGAUAAACCUCCAGAAUGCAAUGAAUGUGGGAAGGCCUUCUGGAGCGAGGAGCAUCUUACUGUGCAUCAGAGAAUUCAUACUGGAGAGAAACCUUAUGAAUGCAGUGAAUGUGGGAAGACCUUCAGGAAUAAGACAAAACUUAAAUUGCAUCAGAGAAUUCAUACUGGAGAGAAACCUUAUGAAUGUAGUGAAUGUGGAAGGGCCUUCAGAUAUAAGAUACAACUUACAGUGCAUCAGAGAAUUCAUACUGGAGAGAAACCUUAUGAAUGUAGUGAAUGUGGAAGGGCCUUCAGACAUAAGACCCAACUUACAGUGCAUCAGAGAAUUCAUACUGGAGAGAAACCUUAUGAGUGUAGUGAAUGUGGAAGUGCCUUCAGAUAUAAGACCCAACUUACAGUGCAUCAGAGAAUUCAUACUGGAGAGAAACCUUAUGAAUGUAGUGAAUGUGGAAUGGCCUUCAGAUAUAAGAUACAACUUACAGUGCAUCAGAGAAUUCAUACUGGAGAAAAACCUUAUGAAUGUAGUAAGUGUGGGAAGGUCUUCAGGGAUAAGAGAGAACUUAAAGUACAUCUCAGAAUUCAUACUGUAGAGAAAACUUAUGAAUGUAGUGAAUGUAGGAAGGCCUUCAGAUGUAAGAGAUACCUUACUGUACAUCAGAGAAUUCAUACUGAAGAGAAACCUUAUGAAUGUAUUGAAUGUGGGAAGGCCUUCAGGGAUAAGACAAAACUUACAGUUCAUCAGAAAAUUCAUACUGGUGAAAAACGUUAUGAAUGUAUUGAAUGUGGGAAGGCCUUCAGGGAUAAGACAAAACUUACUGUGCAUCAGAGGAUUCAUACUGGAGAGAAACCUUAUGAAUGUAGUGAAUGUGGGAAGGCCUUCAGGGAUAAGACAAAACUUACAGCGCAUCAGAGAAUUCAUACUGGCAGGAAACCUUAUGAAUGUGGUGAAUGUGGGAAGGCCUUUAGAUGUAAGACAUACUUUACUGUACAUCAGAGAAUUCAUACUGGAGACCACCUUAAUAAAUGUAAGGAGUGUGGGAAGGCUUUCUGCUACAGCUCAGAUCUUACUCAACAUCAAAGAAUUCAUACUGGAGAGAAACCUUAUGAAUGUAAUGAAUGUGGGAAGGCCUUUAGGAAUAAGACAAAACUUACAGUGCAUCAGAGAAUUCAUACUGGAGAGAAAUGUUAUGAAUGUAGUGAAUGUAGAAGGGCCUUCACAGAUAAGCUACAACUUACAGUGCAUCAGAGAAUUCAUACUGGAGAGAAACCUUAUGAAUGUAAGGAGUGUGGAAAGGCUUACCGCUACCACUCAGGUCUUAUUCGACAUCAAAGAAUUCAUACUGGAGAGAAACCUUAUGAAUGUAGUCAAUGUGGAAGGGCAUUCACAGAUAAGCUACAACUUACAGUGCAUCAGAGAAUUCAUACUGGAGAGAAACCUUAUGAAUGUAGUGAAUGUAGAAGUGCCUUCAGAUAUAAGAUGCAGCUUAGAGUGCAUCAGAGAAUUCAUACUGGAGAGAAACCUUAUCAAUGUAGUGAAUGUGGGAAGGCCUUCAAUUAUAAGAUACAACUUACAGUGCAUCACAGAAUUCAUACUGGAGAGAAACCUUAUGAAUGUAGUGAAUGUGGAAUAGCCUUCAGAUAUAAGAUACAACUUACAGUACAUCACAGAAUUCAUACUGGAGAGAAACCUUAUGAAUGUAGUGAAUGUGGAAUGGCCUUCAGAUGUAAGAUAAAACUUACAUUGCAUCAGAGAAUUCAUACUGGAGAGAAACCUUAUGAAUGUAGUGAAUGUGAGAAGGCCUUCAGGGAUAAGUACCAACUUACAGUGCAUCAGAGAAUUCAUACUGGAGAGAAACCUUAUGAAUGUAGUGAAUGUGAGAAGGCCUUCAGGGAUAAGUACCAGCUUACAGUGCAUCAGAGAAUUCAUACUGGAGAGAAACCUUAUGAAUGUAGUGAAUGUAGGAAGGCCUUCUGGACGAAGAAGCUUCUUGCUCUGCAUCAGAGAAUUCAUACUGGAGAGAAACCUUAUGAAUGUGGUGAAUGUGAAAAGGCUUUCAGAUAUAAUACACAACUUGUGAGGCAUCGCAGAAUUCAUACUGAAGAGAAUCCCUUUUAAUGUAGUGAAUGUGGGAAGGCCUUCAAGAGUAAGACACACCUUACCGUACAUCAGAGAAUUCAUACUGGAGAGAAACCAUAUGAAUGUAAUGAAUGUGGAAAGGCCUAUAAGAAGAUGUAUCUUACUGUGCAUCAGAGAAUUCAUACUCGAGACAUCCAUCAUAACUAGGCAGUGUGGGAAGGCUUUCCCCUAAAACUCAGGUCUUAUUUGACAUCAAAAAAGUCAUACUGAAGAGAAAUUUUAUGAAUGUAAUGAAUGUACAGAGUGAGGGUACAACUUACUCAACACCAAAAAAUUCAUUCAGGAAAGAAACCUUAAGCGUAUAAUGCAUGUAGGAAGGCUUUUAGAUAGAGGACACUACUUUAUGUCCAUCAGAGAAUUCAUGCUAGAAGGAAGGAAGGAAGAAGCUACAUCUUGCUGUAUAUCAGAGGAUUCAUACUGGAGAAAUUUUUUGUGAAUGUGAGUAAUGUGGGAAGGGCUUCCAUCCCUUCAGAUCUUUCUUCAAAUAAUUCAUAGCUUCUGACUAUAAUAUACAAGGGAAGGCCUUCCACCUAAAUGUAUCUUUUACUCAAUAUCAGAGCAUUCAUAUUGGAGAGAGUUUUUGAAUGCAAUGAAUGUGGGAAGACCUUCAGCCUGAGGACACAAUGUGCUCAACGUCAAAGAACUAAUUCUGGAGAGAAACCUUUGAGUUUGGGAAGUCAUUUAAACUAAGGACACCACUCUAUGUCCAUCAGAGAAUCCCUACUUGAGCGAUUCUUUAUGAUGUAAGGGGUAUGGGAAGAUUCCCCAAGUUGACUGAACUGUGAUUCUGAGUCCAUUGAUGUAAUUCAGAGAUUCCUUAUUUAGGUGCCAUGGGAAAAGGCCUGUAAAGGGGAAAAGAUUUAGUGUUAUCCUCCCAUGGAGCUUCAGGGAGGGAGAGAGUUAUGCUGGCUGAGGCAGAAGUUACUGAAUGGAUGUUGGUAUAGGUAGAGCCUUAGUGUUAAAUUUGAACCCUAGGCACAUGGUAUGUAAGACUCUUGAGGAUGACCUCUUGGCUAUGAAAUGAGCCUGAGCCUAAUGUGUUGAUGGUAUUUGAGGAAUAUUUCAUCAUUUGAGCUGUGUUCUGAUGUUACUUCUGCUCGUAUUCAUUUGGGUAGCCACCGUGGACCAUAAAGAUUUGGACUCACCUUAAUUAACACAAAGGCCUGUGGCAGAUGUUGGUGCAGUGUGAUUUCUGCCCUGUCCUCAGAAUUGAAGUGUAGGUAAACAGCAGGAUUAACUAUGACCUUCUCAUGGUAGCCAAAUGCCUUGUCAUCUAAUUAAUGACACACUUGAAAAGAUGAAUAAGAUUCCCAUUAUCGUUAAUGAAUAUAAACGGAGUUUUCAAUGAAGAAAUCAAAGCGAUCGAUAAUAGUGAAGAAGUCCAUUAAAUCACUAUUGUUUAUAGAGAAAUGAAAACAACUUUGAAGUAACAUGUCACACUACCUCAGAUUGGCCAACAUGACAGAAAUGGAAAAUGCCGUUUUGGAGGGGAUGUGGAAAAAUAGAGACACUAAUACACAAUUCAGAUCUAGUCCAACCAUUCUGGAGAACAAUUUGGAACUGAGCCCAAAGGGCUAUAAAACUGCAUACUAUUUGACACAGCAGUACCACUACUAGGUCUGUAUCCCAAACAGAUCAAAGGAAAAAGAUGUAUAUGUACAAAACUAUUUAUAGCAGCUCUUUUUGUGGUGCCAGAGAAUUGGAAAUUGAGGAGAAUCCCAUCCUCUGGGAAAUGGCUGAACAAGCUGUGGUGUAUGAAUGUAAUAGAAUACUAUUGUGCUAUAAGAAAUGAUGAGCAGGUGGAUUUCAGAAAAACCUAGAAAUACUUAAAUGAACUAAUGCUGAGUGAAGUAAUGACAAUUUAGAUUUCAAGAUCUUCCCACCCAUUAAUAGGCCCAUGUGACCUGCUUACAUGACAGGGAGGAGAGUGCUGAGAGGAAAGGGAAAGUGUGCCACAGAGCAAGUUAGAGCCCAGGGAGAGAGCAGACAUGCUGGCUGUGCUGUGAGUGAUUGUCGGUGGCAGGGCCCCAGCAGGGGGCAGGAAGGUUAUGGGAUGGCUUGGCUUGCUGCUGUGAUGUCAUGUUUUAGAUUCUUUGCUGUUAUUAUAAAGUGGACUUCCUGGUUCUGGAAUUUGUUUGCUGCUUGGAUGAGUUGGACUUAGUGGUUUUGGGACCUGGUUCUCUGGUAUCUGAAUAAAUUUACUUUUUUAAUUCUUCUA